UUGAUAACACGUUCAUUCACAGUGAGCUCUUCUAAUACAGACUAAUCCCCCAGGCGGACAUUCACACUAGGCUCCUCACCUCAAGCAGAACUCGGUGCCGGGGAUGCUCUUUGCGAGUCCCCUCUGCUGAAGCUGUCUAGGUUACCGAAUGACCGGAGCGUCUCACUGCGGCAGAGAUCGCAGGCAAUGAGGUUUCCCAGGCUAUCUUUUCCCCUGCUGCUCCUUGGCUGCUGCCUCCUCGCGGUAUCGACAGCCAGGAAGAACAAGGAUAGCUCCCGGGCAGCAACCGAGUCGGUCCCCGGCCCUGCUGGGGGCUCCUCGGGGCGCUUCUCCAACCCGGAGCAACAUGCGUGUAGCUGGCAGAUCCUGCUGCCUGCCCCAGGGGAUUCGACCGCUACCGGCGCCGAGGGAGUCGGAGCUGGCAGCGAGCUCGCCGUGAGCUGCCAGAGCCCGGACGGGUCGCGCUAUCAGUGCGCCUACCGCGGAGAGCCGCAGCGCUGCGCCGCGUACAACGCCCGGGGCCCGCAGUAUUGGAAGCAGGUGGUGGGGAAGCUGAGGAAGAAGAGGCGGCCCUGCCACGACCCAGCUCCGCUCAAAGCUCGUCUUUGUGGCGGCAAGAAAGGACUAGGGGCCGAGCUCCACCUGGUCACCCGGCCCCUCGACGCCGCCAACGCUGGGGUCAGCUCGGCCGCCACCGCGCUACCCCGCGAGGGCAAGGGCAGGAGCAAGGGCCGUCCCAGGGGCCAGAGUCGUGCCCGGGAGGCCGCCGCCGGAGCAGAGGAAGGACUGAACCUUCCCCGAGCCCCGCCGCCGUCGGGGGCCUCGGCUGUGAGCGGCGUGGCCAAAGAGAAGGGUCCUGGGAAGAGGGGCAACGCGGGUAAGCGCAAAGAGACCCCGCCAUCGGACGAAGAGAGGCCCAUGGAGGCUGGGCCAGCCCCGGGGGGACCGCUGGAGUUCAAUGAAGAGUUGACGGAAACCUACUGCGCCGAAAAGUGGCACUCACUGUGCAAUUUCUUCGUCAACUUCUGGAAUGGCUGAGCCGAAAUACGGCUAAACGGGUGGGGUGGGAUGGGGGGAGGAGUAAAGAAGGGGGAAGAGAGAAAUGGGGGGAAAGGGAAACGAUUAGGGAGGAGUUCCCAGGACAAUAGUAGAAGAAUGUGUCGGGAAAAUGGGAAUAAACACGGAAGAAUUCAAGCCAUCCAGUCUGGGGAGUUUGGGGUGCGGGAAAGGGGGAGAGAAGGGGUUUGGGAAUUUAAAGAUGUAAAGGUUUGGCACCCUAGCAACGUGGUGUUGAGAACAAAAUCAAAUAUAUAUUUCUAUACAUUUCCAUAAAUAUAUCUCUAUAGAGAUAUGGAGAACCAAAUCUAUAUCUCUAAAAUCUCCGUGAGAUGUAUAUCUCUCUGGAUAUAUAUCGAAAUAUAUAGAGUUGCCUAGGGACAAUGAGAAGUUUAGUAACUUCUUUAUGGUUCUACAGCUAAUGUGUGUGCAGAGACGCUUCUUGACUCCAAGGCUGACCUGUCCAUUAUAUCGUGCUACCUUUUACACAUACAGUGUAUAUAUCUGUGUCUUGGAGUCUGAGAGGUUUGCAUCUCUAAGUGAAUGUGGGUGAGAGAAUCUUUGAGAGUUGUGGUGACAUUUGCAAGAGGAAGAUUUUCAACUGAGGGCAAAGGGAAUGGAGGUGCAAAAGUAGGCAUGCCAUAUGCAUGCAGAAAUUUGCAUACAUUUAGAAGGAGAGAUGGGCUUAGGUUAGCAAGAGGUAUAUGAAUAAAAUGUGGUGGGAUUGUGGGGCAAAAUGUAUUUUUUAUAAUUGAUAUUUGUACUAAAACUGCAUCAAAAAGCAACUUCCAGCCUGGACCAGGGUGGAGUAUUCAAAAUGCCUUUAUAUAGCUAUCAUCUAACAGAGUUGGUCAUUUUUUCUUUCUUAAAAAGUUUGAAUGCACAGAAUUCUAAGACAGGGACUCAAAGGCACGACAGAAAAUGAAGCAAGAGAUAUAUUUUACUCAAACUAGGGAGGCACAAAAUCAAUAAAAUAUGUAUCUAACCACUGUCUUAGGUAGCAGCAAUUUUAUAGUUUUGUCUUGUUACAAAAUUUGCUUUCUUACAAGUCAUUCAAAGAUCAAGAGCUUGAGGGAAAUACUAUUAGUCUUACUAGUUGCCUUUCAGUAGUCUUGUAUGUUCUUUAAAUUAAGAGAUGGCUUUGUGGUCUGGAGCAUUUCUAAUUUAUAUCCUAUAUUCAGGGUUACUUUAUAGAGUCUGGAUACCCCAGCAGUUUUAAUAGGUGUGAUUUUUUGCAAGCCUCUCCAUUUGUAUUUGGUCCUAUUAAAGAAUUGGUUAAAAUUUG